AAAAUCAUUAAUGGAGGAGGAUUCUAGUCCAACAGAAACCUAUUCAAAAGCCCCAUAUCUUGGAGGAAAUGUAAAUUUCAGGAAAAAAAAAACAACUAAAAAAACAAAAAUACAUGUCAUUACCAGUUUAGUUCUAAUGCCAUCUCUUGUUGAAUUCUGAUAGGAGACAGUCUGGCCAUGGAAUGGAAGAAGAUACAUCGGCUUCUUCAAUUGGUGGUGGUUACCGCAGUGCUUAUUGAUCACGCUGCUGCUUCCGACGAUGUGGCAAGUGCUCUCAUUGUUUCUUCCUCCAUCUCUUCUCAUUGUUUCUUCCCCCAACUCUCUCUUCUUCUUUUUAUUAUGCAAUGUUAUUAUACUGAGAUUGGCCAUGGAUUUGACAAGGUACUCUACGAACCAUUUGACGAUUCAUUUGAAGGAAGCUGGAUUGCUUCUGAGAGAGAUGAUUACAAAGGUGUAUGGAAGCUAUCCAAGAGUGAAGGACAUGAUGACUAUGGCCUCCUUGUCAGUGAGAAGGCAAGGAAAUACGCCAUUGUCAAAGAACUUGGGGAGAUCUUCAGUUUUAAGGACGGAAAGGCUGUAUUACAGUUCGAGGUCCGGCUUCAGAAUGACCUAGAGUGCGGCGGAGCAUACCUGAAAUACCUCCGACCACUUCAGGAUUCAUGGGAUCCAAGAAACUUUGACAAUAACCAUCCUUACUCCAUAAUGUUUGGACCAGACAAGUGUGGUCCAACAAACAAGGUUCAUUUCAUCCUUAACCACAGGAAUCCAAAGACUGGGAAGUACGUGGAGCAUCAUCUCAAAUUCCCUCCUCCUCUGCCAUCAGACAAGCUCACUCAUGUCUAUACAGCAGUUUUAAGACCUGGGAAUCAAUUGAGUAUUCUUAUAGAUGGAGGAGAGAAGAAGAAAGCAAAUUUUCUCUCCGGUGAAGAUUUUGAGCCUGCAUUGGUUCCGCCAAAGAUGAUUACAGAUCCAAACGAUAAGAAGCCAGACGAUUGGGAUGAGCGGGAAAAGGUUCCGGAUUCAACUGCGGUGAAGCCUGAGGAUUGGGAUGAAGAUGCACCAAUGGAGAUCAUAGAUGAGGCAGCUGAGAAACCACUAGGUUGGUUAGAUUACGAGACUGAGGAGAUUGACGACCCUCAGGCAGUGAAGCCGGAGGAUUGGGAUGAUGAGGAGGAUGGCGAAUGGGAGCCACCAAAGAUGCAGAAUCCGAAAUGUGUAUUGGCACCUGGGUGUGGAGAGUGGAAGAAGCCAAUGAAGAGGAAUCCUGCUUAUAAAGGAAAAUGGAAAGCACCAUUAAUUGAUAAUCCGAAUUAUAAGGGUGUUUGGAAACCUCGACAGAUUCCAAACCCGGAUUACUAUGUACUUGAUAAGCCUGAUUUUGAGCCUAUUGCAGCUGUUGGGAUUGAGAUUUGGACUAUGCAGGAUGGCAUAUUGUUUGACAAUAUCUUGAUAACUAGAGAUGAGAAGGUUGCAGAAACCUACAGGGAAAGAACAUGGAAGCCAAAGUACCAAGCUGAGAAGGAGAAGCAGAAGGCUCAAGAAGCAGGUUCAGGUCUAGCAGGCAUAAUCUCUAGUUUCCAGGUAUUAUAUACAGUGGCUUCCUUGAAAUUAUGCAUAUUGUAUAUCUCUUGGUACUUGAUUUCUCUAAAAUUUUCAAUUUUCUCUAGGCAAUGUUGCAGAAGAAAAUUUUCAACCUUCUCUAUAAGCUUGCAGAGAUUCCUUUAUUAGAUGCAUACAAGCCUAAGAUCAUUGAUCUCAUUGAAAAAGGAAAGAAGCAACCUGACAUUACAAUUGGUGUUCUUGCUUCUGUUGUGGUUGUGACUUUGACGGCUUUCUUUAGACUCCUUUUUGGAGACAAAAAACCUAAGGUAUGGAGGUUACACCUCUAUAAAACCUUCAUGAUUUAUGCAACAGCAACAACUUUUUUUUCAUAACUUUUCUUCUGAUACUGUCAGGUUGUUAACAAUGGAAAAAACAAGAUAGCCGAUGCUGUAAGUUCCAAUAAUCAACAAAGCAGGGGAACGAACGAAAAGAAAGCUCAAAGUUCCAAUAAUCAAAGAGACAAGGAAGCAAAGGAAAAGGAACCU